AUGUUGCCCUCUCCUAAACACGAGAGCGCGAGGCUUGAGACUGGGACGAAGAACGUGGGGAAGACUGCUGGGCCACAGGGCGGUGUACCCCUUUCGCUGACGGACGACGUCGACAGGGCCUCCGAGACUCUCUAUGCUGCGUUCGCUGACCAACCUGCGAACGAUUACAUGAUGCGGAAGCUGUUUGGGAUCCCACUGGACGAACGGUUCUCUGCCGCGAGGAUUAACGGUGCUCAACACUACAUGAACGCGUGGUACCAUGACCACGGUGCCGAAGUGGUCGAAGCGAACGAUUUCAAUGCUGUGGCGAUCUUCACUGUCCCCGGCCACCACGCAACACCCCCACGCAGCGGGGACCCGACUUUCGACUCCGUGUUCUACGACCAGCUGGACGCAGCGAAGCGGGAAGCGAUACGUGGCACGAACGGGUACUACUACCUGUACGUAGUUGGGCGGGACCCUCGGGACACGCGGACACGCGGGUCUGUCCGUGCGAUCUUCGACGCAUACAAGGACCGUGCGGACUGCGAGGGGUGUGCUAUUGUACUGGAGGCGAUCAACGAGAGGGCGAGACGCGUGUAUGAGUACUUUGGGUUUAGGACGUGUUUGACGUUCCAGUUUGGCCAGGGCGAGGUGAACAGCGCUGGGGAGUUGGAUGCGCAGGGGGAAGGGUUUACGGCGUAUCUCAUGGUAUACCUACCAGAGCAGCGCACCAGCACUAAGUAA